GUAAAUCGGCAGAGUCUAGAGAUGGGGCUCGGACGGGGCGCCCUGCACCGCCUCCCAGGCGCACCUCCCCCGGCCGCCGACCGCUCCCCGGAACCGUGAUUGGCUCGGCCUCUCGGGGGCGACCCCGGACCGAGCCCCCACCCGCGGCCGGCCCUCUUCUCCUCCUCUCAGCAGUCUCCGCCGCUCCAAGGCGCGCUUGUUUUUCUCCUCUCCCUCACCGCCGUCCCCUGCCCCAAGCUCUCCCCCUCCGCCCGCUCUCGAGCCCCCGGAGCCCCCUCCCGCCUCGCCCCUGGGCGCUGCGGCGCUCCUGCCCCCCGCAGCCUGUCUUUGCACCCCUUCCCCCAAACCACCCCGCGCCCCGGGCGUCCUGCUUCCCCUUCUGCCUUCUGCGGCGCCCCCUUCAUCUCUCGCCGUCCCCCCUCCCCAACCAAAUCAGGCGAUCUCCGGAGAUGUGAAGAAGGGGGGUGAGCGGACAGGAAGAUGAAGGGAGCAAAGCUGCCCGCCGCGGGACAGGCGUCUAGGUGAACAGGAAAAUGACCGAAGAAACACACCCGGACGAUGACAGCUAUAUUGUGCGUGUCAAGGCUGUGGUUAUGACCAGAGAUGACUCCAGCGGGGGAUGGUUCCCACAGGAAGGAGGCGGGAUCAGUCGCGUGGGGGUCUGUAAGGUCAUGCACCCCGAAGGCAAUGGACGAAGCGGCUUUCUCAUCCAUGGUGAACGGCAGAAAGACAAACUGGUGGUAUUGGAAUGCUAUGUAAGAAAGGACUUGGUCUACACCAAAGCCAACCCAACCUUUCAUCACUGGAAGGUCGACAAUAGGAAGUUUGGACUUACUUUCCAAAGUCCUGCAGAUGCUCGAGCCUUUGACAGGGGAGUGAGGAAAGCAAUCGAAGACCUUAUAGAAGGCUCAACCACAUCAUCUUCCACCAUCCAUAAUGAAGCUGAGCUUGGUGAUGACGACGUUUUUACGACAGCUACAGACAGUUCUUCUAAUUCCUCUCAGAAGAGGGAACAACCUACUCGGACAAUCUCCUCGCCCACAUCCUGUGAGCACCGGAGGAUUUAUACCCUGGGCCACCUCCACGACCCAUAUCCCACGGACCACUAUCACCUCGAACAGCCGAUGCCAAGGCCCUACCGCCAGGUGAGCUUCCCGGACGACGACGAGGAGAUCGUGCGCAUCAACCCCCGGGAGAAGAUCUGGAUGACGGGCUACGAGGACUACCGGCACGCGCCGGUGAGGGGCAAGCACCUGGACCCCUCGGAGGACGCGGACUCCUACGUGCGCUUCGCCAAGGGCGAGGUCCCCAAGCACGACUACAACUACCCCUACGUGGACUCCUCAGACUUUGGCCUCGGCGAGGACCCCAAAGGGCGCGGGGGCGGUGUGAUCAAGAACCAGCCCUCGCGGGGCAAGUCCCGGCGGCGGAAGGAGGAUGGGGAGCGCUCCCGGUGCGAGUACUGCAGGGACAUGUUCAACCACGAGGAGAACCGGCGGGGCCACUGCCAGGACGCGCCCGACUCCGUGAGAACUUGCAUCCGCCGGGUGAGCUGUAUGUGGUGUGCGGACAGCAUGCUCUAUCACUGUAUGUCGGACCCCGAGGGCGACUAUACAGACCCGUGCUCGUGCGACACUAGCGACGAGAAGUUUUGCCUCCGGUGGAUGGCUCUUAUUGCCUUGUCUUUCUUCGCCCCCUGUAUGUGCUGUUACCUGCCCCUUCGGGCCUGCUACCACUGUGGAGUGAUGUGCAGGUGCUGUGGGGGGAAGCACAAAGCGGCCGUGUGACUCCAUGCCCCCCCAUUCCAGCCUGGGAACCUGCCCGGUGGACCCUGCACCCCAGCCACCCAUCCCGCCCUGCGCGCCCGCCGUGUUCCCGAGAAAGGAACUUCCGCCCCGAUUCUCGUGUAGUAACGAUCUGUAAUCAGCUGUCUUAUACCUGUGUUGAUUUCCUGCCUUUCCUCCCCACCUCUUCCAGUUCAAAGGCGCCUGCGAUCAGAACUGCUGAUUUUGGGGGUGGGUUUUGUCGUUGGUUUUCCCAAGAGCAUUGAAGACUCUUUCUCUUGGCCCAGCUAGCCUGGUGCUGAGGAGCAUCACUGGGUUCCCGCAGGAGUGUGACAUCGGCAUGAUGAGGCCCAGGCAGAAGUAUCUUAACCUGCAGUUAGUUAUUACGUCUAGGAGGCGAGCUAGUUAACACACUUGUACCACAAAACAGGAUUGCUUUAACUUUUCUAAAGCCAAAUUCCCCAUGUAAGCUGCAGUUUCUAUCUUGAACCCAUCAUUAUUUUCUGGCGCCCCCCACCCCCGAAAUCUGCUAGUUCUUCACGAUGCAAAACAUUCACCUGUAAAAUGACUGAGAAUUGAGCCUUAACGUAGAUUAACUUGUGAGAAUCAGGAAAAUUCCUUAAACUGCAUUGCAUCCUCUCGGGCCAGGGCUAGAAAGGGGAUUUCAGAUCUCUGAGCCUCCCCAGUGACCCCUAAGGUAGAACUUUUUAAAAUUGUGACACCACCACUUCCAAAAAUUUAGCAAUAUUGGAAGAAAAUACUAACACAGUAAGAAAUUUUGUUCAUUGUUUUGGAAAUCAAACACAAACCGGUGUUGAGAAACACUAAGGUUCUGGUAAAUAAAACUGUAGGAGCUGCCCCUCCCCCAGUGGGUAUGUUCUAGUAACCGGGGAAAUUUCAAAUGUCACAAAUUUGAGGAGUUGUGGGUUGCAUUUCGUUCAUGGGUUUGUGUUUUUGUUUUCCGUUUGAACUCAAUUUCACGUCACCAAACCUUUCAUUUAUACUUGGGAAAACAAGGCCAUAUGUAAAAACCCUUCCGAUGCCUAAGUGUCUUUCUCCCGCAGCUCCGCACCCAGACUCGCCUCUGCGCACACACGGCUGAGUCCGCAGGCGGGGCCUGCUGCCGCCUUGCCGCGUGGGCGGCUGCGCAGUAGCUGGGGGAGAGAAUUCUCCAGCCUGUUGCACGGCAGAGCCAACUCUGAGGGCAGGAGGAGCGGUGGAGACAGGUUUACCCAUACCUAGCCGAGUACAAUCAAAGCGUGGCGGAGAACCUGGGCACAGGCUCGGCAGCACUGGCGGCUCUCCCCCGUGACCCCGUGGUACCUGCCAGCUGAGGGCCUGGCCUGAUCCCUCCCUGCUUCCCUGACCCUUUCUCCGUUGCACACAGGACAUCGGUCUUCAAAGAAAGGGGCUUUUUUCCAGUCGUGCCGCGAAGGCGCCAGCCGCGCUCACCUUCGUGGCAUGUUUUCCGCCCGCUGAGAGCCUGUCACGUUUCUUUCGCCAGAAUCUUCAGUGUAAAUACCCACUGUGCUUAGGAGUUAGUUGGUAGACGUUUUCAUUUGUUGGAGUGACUGGUUUGGGGCUCUCCACCUGGAAAAGGGGCAGAGAGCUGUCAGCCUGGUGAUGGGAGAAAAGAGCCGCUUCCCAGCCUGGAGAACCUCUAGAAAACCUCCGCCAGCUCCAGCCUGUGCUGUGGAGAGACCGCCUCCCCACCCCAGGUUCUUCCUCAAGGUCUUUCCAGGUCUCCUCUCUACAAAGCACAACACUAAUGUCUGUUCUGUUAGACCUCAGUUCAAGUGCCCCUAUUUAUUUCAGUAAGAAUACACAUCCCAGCGCUUUUUGUUCGUCCGUUCAGUUGUCUGUUCCCACCUUCCUUCAGCCCCUCGUCCGGCCCCCUCUGAAGAGUUAGGCUAGGGAACCUGACUCCGCGCGGACUUUUGGUUUGUGAAGGCAGCGGUUAAGGGCACAAGGACAGCCAUGGGGACAUUUAUGUAAAUACGUCUCUAAUUGCCACACUGCAGCUGAACAGUGUGUAGUAUUUUCCCAGUCAGCUUUGCCAUACUGACGUCAAUCAUUUGAGAGAAAUUAUUCAGAUUUUAUUUUUGUAUCUGUGGUAACAAAACAUUAACCAAAAGAUUGUCUGUUCGGAAGUUCCCCCGACCCCCCAAGCUAUUUGCUCACAUUAACAAAGUGCCUGAAGCAUAAUUCAUUCGUUACCUGUAUACUAAAAUCCCUGUUGUGCUGAUUUUUUAUAACCCUUUUUACCUCUGUGUAAAAAAUAUAUAUACAAGUGUAUGAUGUACAUUUUAAGUUCUUAACUUUUUUUUAUGGUUUCUAAUAUGUAUGACCAAUGUAGCCAUUGCUUUCAAAUGUACCGUGUAAAUAUAAACACA